AAAAUGCUUCCAAUCCACGAGAAGAUUCAUGGUUUUGAAUUAAAUGAUGAAGAGAGAAAAAGUUCAAGAAAGCAUGUUUUCCAUAAAUUUAUUGGAGUGUUUUUAACUGCUAGUAUACUUUUGUAUGUGGUCUUAUCUAACAAGUAUUCGAUCAAAAAUAUUAAUGUUUCAACAUCUUUUAGUACCAAUCCAGACUCCCUUUGCCCAUUAGUAGAAAAAUUAGAUCCAUCUGAAUUCUUAUUGAAUAACUCAACCUUAAAUAAAAUUCUAAAUGAUUCAGAGUUCAGAGAUAAUUCCGUCACUAAGUUGGCAAACGCCAUUCGUAUUCCAACUGAGAUUUAUGAUGAUACAUGUAAUCCAAACUCUGCUGAAUCAAAGCAAGAUUUAUACCGUUUGGAACCUCUCUGGGAAAAAUUUGAACGUUUCCAUGAAUACUUGCUGAAAACUUUCCCCUUGGUACAUAAGCACUUGAAAGUUGAGACUGUUAAUAAAUUCGCUCUUAUUUACACUUGGGAAGGUUCGAAUUCCUCUAAAAAGCCUCUAAUGCUCACUGCACACAUGGAUGUUGUACCUGUUCAAAAGGAGACUGUUAACCAAUGGACUCAUGCUCCAUUUGCAGGAGUAUUUGAUGGAGAAUUUCUCUAUGGAAGAGGAGUUUCAGAUUGUAAGAACUUAUUGAUUGGACUCUUAGAAACUACUGAACUUCUUCUUAAAGAAGAUUUCACUCCUGAAAGAACCAUCAUCUUGGCGUUUGGAUAUGACGAAGAAUCUAGCGGGACUGGAGCACAAGAAAUCUCAAAAGUUUUGACUGAGAGAUAUGGUCCAGAUUCACUUUAUGCUAUUAUUGAUGAAGGAAAUGAAGCGUUUGAAAAAAUUGAAGGAAUUAAUUUCAUUCUUCCUGCUGUAGGAGAAAAGGGACAUUUGAACUCGAUCAUUGAGUUGUACACCCCUGGUGGGCAUUCAUCUGUUCCUCCAGACCAUACUCUGAUUGGGAUACUUGCAAGAUUGAUAACCAAUAUUGAAGAUGCACAAUAUGAAAGUUUACUUACCAAUAUCAAUCCGGUUUUAAACCAAUUACAAUGUGUUGCUGAGCAUUCAAAGUCCGUAGAUACCACUUUGAAGCGGGAUAUUUUACAAGCACAUUUGAAUCCAAUCUCUAAUAAGGCCGUUAUUGAUUACAUUUCAAAGGAACUGACUAGAUAUCUUAUUGCAACUUCACAAGCAGUUGAUAUUAUCCAAGGAGGUGCCAAAUCGAAUGCCUUGCCAGAAUUCGCCUCUGUUCUUGUUAACCAUCGGAUUGCCAUCGAAGAAACUGUUUCUCUGACGGCUGAAAAGGUUCUUGACGAAAUUAAGGUACUUGCUGAAAAAUAUGAUAUUGGUAUUUUAUAUGAAGGAGAAGUUGUUGUAUAUCCUACUGCAAAUGGAUACUUCAACUAUACUUUAAAUGAACCGUUGGAACCUGCACCAAUAACCCCAAUCAACGAUAAAAUUUGGCAAACUUUUGGGGGCGCUUUAAGAUAUUUGUAUGAGGAUUUGGUUUUCCCUGAAACAAAAGAACCUUUUAUUCCUGCUCCAUAUAUUUCCAUUGGUAAUACUGACACCAAGAGUUAUUGGGAGUUGACAAACCAUAUAUAUAGAUACUCACCUGGCUCUGUUCCAGGGGAAAAUAUCCAUUCUGUUGAUGAAAAACUUUCCUUUGAUUCUCAUUUGGAAUUGAUUGCUUUCUACUAUUAUUACAUCCAAGUGGUUGAUAAGGAAGAAUAA